AUGGCCCGUUGCUCGUUCGUUUUGCUCGCCGCCGCGCUGGCGCUGGUCGCAGCCCGGAGCCGCCUGCCCUCCCAGCUGGACGACAUCGACGCGGACGAGGCGCUGGCAGACCCGGCCAGGCUGGACGCCGCCGUCAGCUGCUUCCUCAGCGACGCCGACCACGACUGCAACAUCAGGUCCUGGGUCGCCAAGAGUCUGAUUGCGGAGAUGGUGAAGACCAACUGUGGUGUGUGUUCAGAAGGACAGAAGGCCGACAUCACCAAAUUCCUGGCGUUCAUUUCCAAGAAUAAGCCACAGGAGAUGAGGCAGCUGCUCGCCAGAUACGACCCCAAUGGCGAAGCUCUGGUCAAGUUUGGCGACGGCUGGAGGCAGAAGGGCAUCAGCGUCUGA